CCGAGCGCUCUCUCCGAAUUUAAAGUUCGGGUUCGAGGUGGAGCGAGCUCAUUCGGGUGAAUUCGACAGAGAUAGCAACAAGUUCCAGGCUUCUGCGGGAUGUCUUCUUGAUCAAGAGUUUGAUUUAUCUCCACAGCAACUUGAGCUUCAAGAAGCGGUCUGAAUUUUCGUAGCAAGAGCUUCAUUAGCGGACUUACUGUCUUAUAGUAACUUUUUUUUUCCUAAAGAAGAAAAUCCUUUAAAAAAAAUAUUAUCAUUAUUAUUUGGACAGCACAGUUAUUUAGAAAUGGCAAACGCAGGGAUACAGCUACUUGGGUAUGCCCUGGCUUUUAUAGGCUUUAUUGCUCUGAUAGCAUCCACUGCCAUGCCUGAGUGGAAGGCAUCGUCGUACGCCGGAGAUAACAUUGUGACGGCGCAAGCCAUCUACGAGGGGCUGUGGAUGUCGUGCGUGUCUCAGAGCACCGGGCAAGUUCAGUGCAAAGUAUUCGACUCGCUUCUGCAGCUGCCGUCCUCUGUCCAGGCCACGCGGGCGUUGAUGAUUGCUGGUAUACUCUUGUCUGCGGUCGCCAUGUUGAUAGCCUCGCUGGGGAUGAAGUGCACCACCUGCUUUGCCGACGACAAGCAGAAGAAGAGCCGUAUUGCUGUCAUAGGAGGAUCCAUCUUCAUUCUCGCAGGUCUUUGUGCUCUUGUGGCAACAUCUUGGUAUGCUAAUAGAAUUGCACAGGACUUCUACAACCCUUUCACUCCUACCAACAGCAGGUACGAAUUUGGCAAAGCCGUGUUUAUAGGCUGGGGUGCUGCCGCCCUCUGCAUCUUGGGAGGGGCUUUCCUCUGCUGCUCGUGCUCAGGGAGGGGCGCAGGACAGACCCCAAAUUACCCCAAAUCUCGGACCGCGGCCUCAGGAGGCAGGGAUUAUGUGUAGAGGCCAGACCAACUCAGUGUGGGUCUGCCUCAGGACACAGGCACAUCUGAGCAGCUCAGCCUUCAGCCCCUGGGACAUGAUCCCUACUGCAAAUCCAGGAGCACUGUACACAUCUAAAGGGAACCUUUUUUUAAGUCUUUCAUAACUGUACACAUGAAUUCAUGUACAAUGUCAAUAUAGGAUAGAUUUUUUAUAUUAACUUUAAAUGGGGUAGUCAGCAAAUUAUCCCUUUUACCAAAGCUGACUUAGUAAAAAAACUACACUGGUGUUAUAUAUAUAUAAUUUUUGUAGUAAUAUAUAUUAUAUAUAUAUACAUAUAUAAUAUAUGAAACAUACAUGUAAAAUGUAACAUGUGGUGAGUAUUGCUUUACAUUAUCUUUCCUUGGAACAGGAAUGACCAGCCCUGGUCCUAGAGAGCUGUAGUCCAAACAAAUCACCUGCUUAAAACAUUAAAACAAAAUUGUUCCACGUGUUGGAAAAUUUAUGAUUUAAGGGUGACGCUUAAAUUUAGUGGUUUGUGGCUAUCCAGGAUCAGGGUGGGGCACCCCUGCAAUACAUUGUAACUUUAAUUCUUAUCUGGAACUAAAGGUCCUGACAUUUCAAUUGCUUCACUCAAAAUCUCCUCUUGAAACCAAAGAGAUGACUUUACAAGACAAAAUAUUUUAAACUGGACUGUUUCACUUAUUUUAGAAUAGAAGCUCUUUCUGUUUUGCUUUGACACGUGCAAGGUACAAUAUACUGUAAAUGGAUAACUAAUGAUGCAACAACUUUCUUUCUUUCUCCAUAAAUAACUAACCCCUCACAAAUAUUUCAGAGAUGCACAAGAACAUGAUUAGCCAAUCAAAAAGAAUUAUAUUCCAUGUAGCGCAAAUUUAUAGAGUUCUGAUAAAUUCAGUAUUAGAAAUCAAAUGUUGAUGAACAAAGAUUAAAUGUUAGGGAACAGAUUCCUUUAUGACUUGGUUAUGUAGAUGUUCAAGACACAGGUAAUGGACUGAAUGUAUUAAAAACAGGUUGAAUACACUGUAAAAAUGUCCAUUAUUUAUUGUGUUUCUUAUGGUCAGUUUAUUGGUUCAUGAAAAGUAAAUGUUUUAAAGUACAAUAAAAAAACCCAAACUAAUAAUCUAUAACAUUUCUUAAUCACAUCCUGGGUUUAAAUAAUUUAUAAAAUUUUGUCAAAUGUCAUACCUUAACAUUAGAAUGUUUUUUUUUACUGUCUGUUGAAACUACAGACGUGAUUCAGAUUUUUCCCUUCAAGCACAGACUUGGGUUAAAUUAACAGCCUUGCUAGUGUGAAACUGUAAUUUAAAGCACAUAAAUUACAGACAAUGGGCUGUUUUUAAUCUCGGUCAUGAGUCAUCUGAUUUUUGCUAUAAAUCUCAGCUCUGUUUUCCUGUGUUGUUGUUCUUGUAUGUAAGUGAUUGCAUAGGGAUGAAAGAAAUCACCCAUUUUAUUCACUCAAAAACAUUUCAUAUUUAAUGUAUGUAAAUAAUGACAUUCCAUGUAAACUUGCAGGCUAUAUUAUAAAAAUGUCAUGCAUUGUUAAGCCAUUGGUGUGCAUGUACUGUACUGUAUGAGAAUGAAUCCAUAUGCUUCCCUGUGUGAAUGACAAAAGCUGCGUAGUUCUGGUUUUGUACUUUAGACUUGCUAAGCUGAGGCAGCACUUAAAACUGUUCUCGUGUAUGUCGGUCUUGUACAGCAUCUUUGGUUUUUACUCUGAAGUUUGAGAAAACUGGAAACGAAAAAAAAAUGCCGAUUUUUUUUAUUUGACUUUUUAAAUAAACACAAAACACUGCAUUUGCAUGA